UGAGGAAAGAGAAAUGGCUGAUAACGGGGUGGCGGGGCAAAUUUAUCUAUCACCUUAACGUAACAGAAUUUACAGAACAAUUUGUUCAGAACUGCAAGAAGGAGGAAAAAAAAAAACGAGAAGUGGAAGGAAGGGAAGGAGGGAGAGCGAGGAAGCGCGAGCGAUCUUUCUGUGUCGUCCGCUCCCCGUUCUACUACGGUUUGGGGAUAUUUUUAUUGAGUACUUGAUGUAUAUCCACAUUCUACUUGGGCAUAUAUACUGAGCACCUGCUGUGUGCCUAGUACGUAUAUUAUGUGUUUGCUGGAGUCAAGACUUCUUUCUAAGACCUACCAGGGAUUCCUCAGGAACAAACACGACGCCAAGCUCCCAGAACGCGUUCUGCCGGGGGCAGCCUUGAAGUCCCUCCCCUGGUAGCCCACCCUUAAGCCCCAAGGGCCUCCCAGAGGGCUCCUCAGCUCCAGCUAGCACCCGCGCUUGCGCACUCCGCGCAGGAAUUUGGGGGCGAGGGCGGGCCCUACCUACCGAAGACUACAUUUCCCACAGGCCUCUGCUCCUAGUUUCCUUCCGGCUUUCUUGCUGGUGUCGGCCCGGAGAGAUCUGGCUUAUCAGGGCUCUGCAAUUCUCCAAAAGAGAAAUCUUAAAAAGGACUGACCAGUUCUUGUAUUUCGAAACCAUGGCCCAUGGUUCAGUGACAUUCAGGGACGUGGCCAUAGACUUCUCACAGGAAGAAUGGGAAUUCCUGGACUCAGCUCAGAGGGACUUAUAUAGGGAUGUGAUGUGGGAGAAUUAUAGCAAUUUCAUCUCACUAGGAGAACCUUCCAUUUCUAAACCAGAUGUGAUUACCUUAUUGGAUGAAGGGAAAGAGCCCUGGAUGGUUGUGAGGGAAGGGACCAGAAGACACUACUCUGAUUUGGAGUCCAGAUAUAGGACCAAUACUUUAUCUCCAGAAAAGGACAUUUAUGAAAUAUAUUCAUUCCAGUGGGAGAUAAUGGAAAGAAUUAAAAGCUAUAGUCUUCAGGACUCCAUUUUUAGAAAUGAUUGGGAAUGCAAAGGCAAGAUUGAGGGGCAAAAGGAACCACAAGAGGGAUAUUUUGGGGCAAGUGAAAAUUACUUCUGAAAAAUGACCACUUACAAAAAGCAUAAUUUUCUUGCUGAAUAUCAGAGAGUUCAUAAUGGAGAAAAGUUGUAUGAAUGUAAGGAAUGUAGAAAGACCUUUAUUCGUCGCUCAACACUUAGUCAACAUCUGAGAAUUCAUACUGGUGAGAAACCUUAUAAAUGUAAGGAAUGUGGGCAGGCAUUUAGACAGCGUGCGCACCUUAUUCGACAUCACAAACUUCAUACCGGUGAGAAGCCCUAUGAAUGUAAGGAAUGUGGGAAGGCCUUUACAGUGCUCCAAGAACUUACUCAACAUCAGAGACUCCAUACUGGUGAAAAGCCCUAUGAAUGUAAGGAGUGUGGAAAGGCCUUCAGAGUGCAUCAGCAACUUGCUCGACAUCAGAGAAUUCACACUGGUGAGAAACCCUAUGAAUGUAAGGCAUGUGGGAAGACCUUUAGGCAGUGUACACACCUUACUCGACAUCAGAGACUUCAUACUGCUGAGAAGCUCUAUGAAUGUAAGGAAUGUGGGAAAGCCUUUGUAUGUGGUCCAGACCUUAGAGUACAUCAGAAAAUUCAUUUUGGUGAGAAACCUUAUGAAUGUAAGGAAUGUGGAAAGGCUUUUAGAAUAUGCCAACAACUUACUGUCCAUCAGAGUAUUCAUACUGGUGAGAAACCCUAUGAAUGUAAGGAAUGUGGGAAGACUUUUAGACUAAGGCAGCAACUUGUUCGCCAUCAGAGAAUCCAUACUCGUGAGAAACCCUAUGAAUGUAUGGAGUGCUGGAAGACCUUUAGUAGUUACUCACAACUUAUUUCACAUCAGAGCAUUCAUAUUGGUGAAAGACCUUAUGAAUGUGAAGAAUGUGGGAAGGCCUUUAGAUUGCUCUCACAACUUACCCAACAUCAGAGUAUUCAUACUGGUGAGAAACCUUAUGAAUGUAAGGAAUGCAGAAAACCUUUUAGACUGCUGUCACAACUUACUCAGCAUCAGAGUAUUCAUACUGGUGAGAAACCUUAUGAAUGUAAGGAAUGUGGUAAGGCUUUCAGACUUUAUUCAUUCCUUACUCAGCACCAGAGAAUUCAUACUGGAGAGAAACCCUACAAAUGUAAGGAAUGUAAGAAGGCCUUUAGACAACAUUCACACCUUACUCAACAUCAGAAAAUUCAUAAUGGGGUUUAGUAUGAGAAAGCCUUCAAUUGUACAUUAUGUUACAGAAUAUCUGAAAAUUCAUUUUUGAGAAAUUUGCUUCAUGCUUCAACUAAGCAUAAGAAAUUUUAUAUUAUUGAAAAAAAUAUGUUGCUUUAAAAGCCUUCUAUCACCAUUCAGACAUUGUUUAUCUUCAGCAAAUUUGUAUGAGGGAAUAAUAUAAUGAAUGUAGGGAAAUCUUUAGCCUUAUCUAUCAUUAUCCCCAUUUCACUCCUUUAUUACAGUGUGUUAUUGGACAAGGUACUUAAACUUCUGUGCCUCAUUUUGCUCACUUGUAAAACGGUGAUAAUAGUACCUAUGUAUAUUAGUUAUUUAUUGCUGUGUAAUAAAUUACCACAAACUUAGUAGCUUAAAAUAAUAUACAUUAUCUCACAAUUUCUAUGGGUCAGUUGUCUGGGCAUAACUUUGUUGGGUCUUCUGCUUCAGGGUCUCUCACAGAGCUAAACUAAAGGUUUCAGCCAGGGUUGGGUCUCAUCUGAAGGCUCAACAGGGAAAGGGAUCCAUAUCCAACCUCACAUGGUUGUUGGCUCUUGCACUGAGGUCCACAGUUUCUAGCUGGCUGAUGGCUGACCUUAGUUCCUUGCCACAUGUGUUUCUUCAACACGACUGCUUAUUAAGUGUGCAAGCCAAGAAUGCAGUAGAGUCUACUAGCAUCAUAGAAGCUAUAAUCUUGUAUGAUCUAAUCACCAGAGUAACACCUUUUCGUCACUUUUGCUGUAUUCUACUGGUUAGAAGCAGGUUACUGGGUCACCGCACACUCAAGGGUAGAGGAUUACACAAGAGUAUGAAUACCAGGCUGUAGGGACCAUUUCAGAGUCAGCCUGCCACACUGUGUAAUAGGAUUGUCUUAAGGAUUAAGUAGUUAAUGCUUGGAAAAUAGCCACAUAGCAUGUUUUCUGUAAAUAAUAUCUACAAUUGUUAUCAUUAGUGUUAGUGAAUUCAUAUGAAAGGAAUUUACUCUAGAAGUAGUAAAUGUAGAAAUGCCUCAUGUCACUGCUCAGUACUUAACUAAACUUAAGAUAAUUUAUUCCAGAUAAAAUCUAAGAGGUUAUAUUGAAUGUGGGAAGUUCUUCAUCAUUUGAGCUGCAUCAAUCAUUUCGUGCUGAAAAGAAACCUUACGAAUGUCACGAAUGUGAGGUUAAGAGUACAACUGUUGAAGAAUCAGAAAAAUACGAAAUUAUUUUCCCAUAAUAAAUUCCAAAAAGUAAAUGUUUUGCAAUCCCUAUUGCCUGGCCACUGUUAAAGCUUAAUUAGAAACAUCAAAAAGAUGGCAGAAAGGAAACCAGUUGGAAAUUUAAUAAUGUGCGUGUGUGUGUGUGUGUGUGUGUGUAUACAUGUAUGUAAAACUCAUAUAAAAGAUCAUCAUUCCAUUACAGGCAGUGUAUGGUUUGAUGUUCAAAUUGCCCCAUCUUCAACCAGUGGGAGUUGGGUCUUUUGACAUGACCCCACUAGUAGUUUGAUAGUUUACUUGGUUACGGCUGCAGUCUGGUCAGCAAUGGAAGAUGCUUGGGCACCAACUCAUCCUGAAAAUUGGUAAGGGGAAAAAUAAGCAUUUUUUUUGCUUUUUCCUUGUGAACCAAGUUUCAGGGCCACCAGAAGCUCCUCAGAUUAAAAGGUUUUUGUUUUGUUUUGUUUUUAAGAAAUCAGUAAAUACGGAAAGAAUGGUAAGAUUAGAAAAAUCAUUUUCUAGUUCCCUAAUGGGAUAAUGGGUCCAGAAAAUGAUCUUCAGUGGAUAUUAAAACUAUUGGGUGAAAUAUUUUAUAGUGAGAACUUUCAAGCUGACCACCUCUGAGCCCUUUGAUCAAUUUUAACCUCUUUAAAAGUGGGACUAUCAGACAAUAUCCACAUCCUGAUAAAAUGCAAUACAAAAUACACACCACUGCCUACAAAGCCUUAUUGCCAAAACAGUGAACUGAAGGAAGCAAACCUUUGAAUCAAACUCUUUAAAAAUGAGAAUUUGGGGAAUAGAUGAACAAAGUAAAUGGCACCACAAGGAAGUAGCCAAGCAGAUACAGAAUGCGUAAAAUUCUAAGAAACAAAUGACCCUGAUUUCUUCAACUAAUGAGUGGCAUGAAAAAGAAAAGGGGAAGGGCAACAAUUAAUAGAUUAAAAGAGACUUAAGAGACCUAUCAACUAAAUUUAGUACAUGGGCAUUGCUUGGACCUAGUUUGAACAAAAUGUAAAAAGACAUUUUGGAGACAGUGGGGAAAAUGUGGACAUGCACUGAGUAUUACCUGAUAUUUAGAAAUAUGUUGUUAGGGAUGAUAAUAUCAAUGUGGUUAUUAAAAGAUAAAAGGUUCUAUGUGUUAGAGAUACAUACUUACAUACUUAAGAAAUGGUAAGAUACCAAAUCUGCAUUAUAUACUCUAGCAAAGGAAAAAGAAUUGGCAGAGAGAGCUGGGAAGUAGGUUGGCAAAAUGUUGAUAAUUACUGACAUGGAGUGGUUUGCUUUGGGGAGUUUAUUGUUCUAAUAUUUCUACUUUUUUAUGUGUUUGAAAGUUUCAGUAAUAAAAUGUUUAAUAUCAAAACUGAAAUUUAUAGACUACUUAGAAAUGAUUGUUGAGGUGUGUGCAUCUAAACAUGUCAGAUGUCACCAAAGUUCUGUUCAGUGAAAAAUUCAUCCCCUUUAAUGCAUUAUAAGGAAGUUUUAUUUGUGGACCCAGUCUUCAUCAUCUUCACCUUAUCCAUAGCAGUCAACACAGGGCCUGUCACCUAAAUAAAUGUGUCAAGGGAAUGAAUACUUACAUCAAGAAACCAGAAACAGAACAGAAUAAAACCUACAAAAGAGAAGCAAAGCAUAACUAAAAAUAGAAAUUAAGGACUAGACAGUAGAUUUAAUCCAGUACUAAUGAUAAGAUUUUGGAAGAUCCAAUCAAGAAAAAGAAAAUGAAAGAUAAUGCCUUUAGAAUAUUGACCGUGAUAAAGGUGACAUAGCUACAGAUUAUCCAGAAAAUUUUUUUAAUUACAACACAAUACUAUAUAUAUGUGCUAUAUUUAUUCUAAUACCUAAAAUAUAGGUACUUUUUCUGUAGGAAGGUUAUGAAAAUUGACUCAUAGACCAAGAAGCAAAUGUGUAUGUAUAUAUGAACUCCCUGCUUAAGAAAGAAAAAGUCUGAUAGUUGUGCAGGUAAAAGCUUUAAGAAAUAGAUAAUCCUUCACAAAAUUCUCCAAUUAAUUCUGCACAGCCAAAAUAAUCCUGAUACAAACCUGAAUGAAGAUGGCUCCUAAAAAGGCAAAACCUAGACCAGCUUCAUUUAUGAAUAUUCUAUUCGUCUUAAUUCUAUUUAGAAUUAAUUACAAAAUCAGUCUUCACUAAUAGAUCCAUGUAUUUACCUUUCCCAAGUUUCAGGUAUCUCCAGGAGAGCCAGAGUGUAAGACCUUAACCCAGCGUUCUCCACAAACUUGUUUUGGGAUAUUCUAGUCCUUGAUGAUAUUUGGGAAAAGAUUUCUUAGGAAAAUGUGUAAAUGCAGCAGAGCAUUUGCUUGUGGGGAAAUCCAAGUACACAUCAUCAGCUUGUCAAAAGAUACAGUAAAGAGAUUUUUAUUUUACACAGUGUAUCUCAAACUUACUUCAUUGUGGAACUCUCAUUCCCAGUAUCUCCUACCAUCUUUAGAAUGUGAGCCACUUUGAUAGAUGCUUCCAUUACCACAAUGAAUGUCUUUAAGACCAUCAUUUGAGACAUUACGGUGAGUGAGUGUGUUGGCAGGGGGUGAGGAAAGGGCACUUUUCUUUGUAACUCACGUCAUAUUCUGAAAGCUGCCUGCUUGAAUCUUGAGGGCUAGUGCUUUUCUAUAGAAUGUAAAAGAUUCUAGCUUGGUCCUUGAUAUGUAUAUAUUAAACAUGCUUAAAUAUUCUGUUAAGUAGUGAUUAGGACAUAAACGAUUUUUCAUUGUAAUAAAAAUGCUGUAUUAAAUAUCAUUUCGUGUAUUUUCUGAUUUCUUUGAAGAGUGAAGAAUCUAAGGUGCAUAUCUAGAGGGGAAAUUGUUCUCUGUAGGUUGUACAGACUCUCCACUUUACAUGUUGCCAGAUGGUUGCUCCAUCACUGCACUAAUUUUGCAUUUCUCUAAUCACUGAAACAAGCAUCUGGAUUUUCCUACUUUUAUUAUUGGUUUCAGUACUUCCCUGAUUACAAGUGACUUGAGCAUCUUUUUCAUAUGUGUUUAUUGGUCAGUCAUGUUUCUCUUAACAGUGCUUUUUUUAAUUCAUGCAUUUUCUCUAUUUCUUUGGGGUUAUCUCAUUGAUUUUUCAUGAUAUGUAAAAUAUUCCAGAUACUACACAUUCAUAAAUAUUGGAGUAUUUUUUCUCAAGGUGACCUGUGUUAUGACUGUGUUAUGGCAUUUACUGUUUUGCUCACAUUUUAAAUUUAGAUAUAGUUUCAUUCUCAACCUUACCAGAUAAUCUUACUCUUUUUAUUUCUAGUCUUAUAUUUUUCUGCCAUGUGUUCAUGGCAUUUGCAA